AUGGCGGCGGGCGGCGGAGGCGGCGGGCGGGCCUCGUCGUCGUCGUCCUCCUCCUCCUCCUCCUCGUCGGCCGCCGCCUCCUCUUCGUCGGCAGCGGCGGCGGCGGCUUUGGAGGCCUCGCUCGAUCGGAAGCUGCAGGCGGUCACCAACACCAUGGAGUCCAUCCAGGGCCUGUCCUCGUGGUGCUUGGAGAACAAGCGGCACCACAGCACCAUCGUCUGCCACUGGAUGAAGUGGCUGCGGCGCUCCGCUUUCCCGCACCGCCUCAACCUCUUCUACCUGGCCAACGACGUGAUCCAGAACUGCAAGCGCAAGAACGCCAUCGUCUUCCGCGACGCCUUCGCCGAGGUGCUCCCCGAGGCCGCCUCCUUGGUCAAGGAUCCAUCCGUGUCCAAAUCCAUCGAGAGGAUCUUCAAGAUCUGGGAGGACAGGAACGUGUACCCAGAGGAAACCAUCCUGGCCCUAAAGGAAGCUCUCAGUACCACCUUCAAAACCCAGAAGCAGCUGAAAGAAACCCUCAGCAAGCAGCAGAAUAAGGGCUGGAAGAAAGCCCCAGCAUCCACCAAUCCCAAAGCUGCUCUCAAGUCCAAGAUCGUGGCUGAGUUCAGGCCGCAGGCUCUCAUUGAGGAGCUGCUCUCCUACAAGCGCUCUGAGGAGCAGAUGGAGCUCAAGGAGAAGCAGCUUUCCACCCUGCGCGUCGACGUCUGCAGCACCGAGACCCUCAAGUGUCUCAAAGAUAAAACGGGAGGCAAGAAGUUCUCCAAGGAGUUCGAGGAGGCCAGCGCCAAGCUGGAGGAGUUCGUCAGCGGCCUGGACAAGCAGGUGAAGAACGGGCCCUCCCUCAGCGAGGCCCUGGAGAACGCUGGCGUCUUCUACGAGGCCCAGUACAAGGAGGUCAAGGUGGUGGCCAACGCUUACAAAACCUUCGCGAACCGAGUGAGCAACCUCAAGAAGAAGCUUGACCAACUGAAAGCCACGCUCCCCGACCCCGAGGAGUCCCCGGUCCCGUCCCCCAGCAUGGACGCACCCUCCCCAACCGGCUCCGAGUCCCCGUUCCAGGGCAUGGGAGAGGAGGAUAACGCCCGGUCACCGGCAGGGGGCAGCCGGAAGCCGGUGACACCGGAGCCGGUGUCGGAUAACCGGGAUGUGGAGGACAUGGAGCUCUCCGAUGUGGAGGACGAUGCGUCCAAGAUCAUCGUGGAAGAGAGGAAGGAGAAGCCAACGGCUCCAGCACCCCCCAAGCCUGAGAGCAUCCCCAAAGCCGUGCCCAGCACCACGGCACCAACCCCGGUACCGGUGCCGGCACCAACCCAAGCCCCCCCGACCCCUCCGGCACCGAAGGCAGCGCCUGCCCCUCCGGCCCCUGCCCUUGCCUUGCCCAACCUGGCCAACGUGGACCUGGCCAAGAUCAGCUCCAUCCUCAGCAGCUUGACUUCGGUGAUGAAGAACACAGGUGGGUGCUGA